CUAUGCUAGCCAUUGCAAUAUAUAAAGUGCAAAAAGCAUAGCAUAGUAGUGGUACUGCUACCCAAGAUUAAGCAAUAAGCAUGGCUUCCUUCAAGCUUGUCUACUACCUCUUUACCCUUAUCAGCUUUAUCAAUUUCGUAACCAAUAAAGCACAGGACGACCUUGGUUUUAUGGACUACUUUUGUUCUGAGAACCUAACCACACCAAACAGCCCGUUCCAGUCAAACGUGAGGAGCCUUCUCUCUGACUUAUCCUCCCACGCCACCGCUAAUAACAAUCCAUACUACAACACCACAGUCGCCACUACAAACCACUCCCACACAGCCUAUGGAAUGUUCUUCUGCUCGGGUGAUGUCCCCCCUCGCCAUUGUACCCAAUGCGUCGCUAACGCAACCCAACAAAUACUCUCACUCUCAUAUUCGCAUCCAAAUUGUUCCUUGUCCACAGAUGCAUAUCUUAAGUACGAUGACUGCAUGAUUCGCUUUUCCAACCGUUCUUUCUUCUCCACCGUUGACAUAACUCAACUCGGAGGUUCUUCAUGCAGCGGUUUUAAUGAGGAAAACUUGACGAGUUUAGUUUCCAAAACGAUGAAGGAAGCGGCAGAUAAGGCAGCGAUUUCUCCUAUUGGUGUCAAGAAGUACGCCACAAAGCAAGCAAGGGUGUAUGGAUUUAAGACCCUUUACUGUGAGGCUCAGUGCACACCAGACCUGUCACCCCAAGAUUGCAAAAAAUGUCUAAAUGUUGCUCAAGAGAACUGCCAAGGAUACUUUUUACCACGCACUGGUUUGCUCAGCUGUAAGAUGGGCUGCGAUUGGUACCCAUUCUAUCGCCCCAGUACCGCUGCGGCACCAACACAACCCGUUCCGCUCACAAAUCCUUCCAAUACAGACUCACAACAUUCUACUUAUCUUUCCAAAAAUUGUUCCACCAUCAUCAUCACCGACCCCACUUUUCAAUCGAGUCUCAUAGCCCUCCUCUCUUACUUUUCUUCCAACUCCACUACUACCAAAAACGGUUUCUUCGAGACCAAAGUCCACACUCUCACUGGUUUCUUCAUGUGCUUUGGGGACUUUUCCCCCACUCUCUGUCACCAAUGUGUCCUAAAUGCAACGCAAACAAUAUCCUCGCAGUGCCCCUCCUCCAAAGAGGCUAUCAUUUGGUACAAUCACUGUUUGCUUCAUUAUUCCGAUCGCCCAUCUCUCUCCGCACUAGAUAAAAGUCCUGCAUAUAAGCACUUGAAUAUCGUCAACUAUACUUCAAACCCUAACCAGCUGCAAAGCUUCUUCACUUGGACUUUUGCCAAGACUUUAUAUCCACUGCAGUAUGACACAGACGGCAGUAGCAGUACCAUUAAGAAUUAUGCAAAAAAACAAGUAAAACUGAAUGAUCGCCAAACUCUCCAUAUUCUUGUUCAAUGCACACCAGACCAGCAUAAUUCGGAUUGCAGGAGCUGUAUAGAAAACAUUUUUAACAACGAAAUUCCAUGGUGUUGUAUGGAGAUUCCAGAGGGAAGAGUACUGUAUCCAAAAUGCUAUAUGAUGUUCGGAUUGUCCCCGUUUGAUGGAUAUACUCCCCAAAUUCAGGAGCUCAGGCCAGCUACAGGAAAUAAUACAGGUUGGGCACGAACAAUAAUCUUAAUUGGUAUUGGUGUCCUCAUCGUUGCUUCGACGACACUCCUCUCCUUUUGGUGCUACUUGCGAAGGACAAAAACAAGAAAAAAUAAUUACAAGAUACUUCUCAGAAAAAACUUUGGUGAAGAAAGUACUAUCGUAGAGGGAUUGCAAUAUGAUUUGACUACAAUUAAAGCAGCAACAAAUAAUUUUUCACACGAAAAUAAGAUUGGUAAAGGUGGAUUUGGAGAAGUUUAUAAGGGUAUUCUUGAUGAUGGACAACAUAUAGCUGUAAAGAGGCUUUCAACUCAUUCUAAACAAGGUUCAAUUGAAUUCGUGAAUGAGGUUUUAUUAAUAGCCAAGCUACAACACAAAAAUCUUGUGGCAUUGAUAGGUUUUUGCCUUGAAGAGCAAGAAAAAAUUCUUAUUUAUGAAUUCAUGCCGAAUGGGAGCCUUGAUUACCUUUUAUAUGGUAUUCAACAACAAAAGUUAAGUUGGUCUGAACGCUACAAAAUUAUAGAAGGAACUGCUUUAGGAAUUCUUUACUUACAUGAGUAUUCACGACUUAAAGUUAUACAUCGUGAUCUUAAACCUAGUAAUAUUUUAUUAGAUAAAAAUAUGAACCCAAAAAUAUCAGAUUUUGGCAUGGCUAGAAUUGUUGAAAUUGAUCAAGAUCGUGGAAACACUAAUAGAAUUGUUGGAACAUAUGGUUAUAUGUCACCAGAAUAUGCAAUGCUUGGAGAAUUUUCUGAGAAAUCAGAUGUUUUUAGUUUUGGUGUCAUGAUUCUUGAGAUUAUUACUGGAAAAAAGAAUGUACAAUUCUAUGAUUCACACACUCUAAUGGAAGGCCUAAUAGCUUAUGUUUGGAGACAAUGGAAGAAUAAAGACCUAUUAAGCAUCUUGGACUCACACAUAAAAGAAAUUUAUUCACAAGAGGAAGUUUUUCAAUGCAUUCAUAUUGGUUUAUUAUGUGUUCAAGAAAAUCCAAAUAUUAGACCUACAAUGGCCACAAUUAUUUCAUAUCUUAAUAAUUACUCACUUGAAUUGCCAUUUCCACAAAAACCAUCAUUUUUCUUGUCCAAUCAUAGAAUGGAUCAAGAUACAACUAGACAACAAGAAUCAAGUUCCAACCAAACUACUAAUGAUUUCAAGCUAUUUUCUAUCAAUGAAAUGUCCAUGAGUAACAUUUAUCCUCGUUAAUUUAUUUGAUAAAAUUAUCUUCUUAUGUUUCUAAUGUAUGAUAAACAUUGACUCUCACUUGUAUAUGUUGGUAGAGAUUAUUAUGAUUUUCUUUUAUAGUCUUAUUAUCCAAUAAUAUUGUCUGAUUACAAGCGAA